AUGUCUGGCUUAUGGAGUUUCAGAGAUAAUACUCUUCCCUCACCAUCUCUGAACAAGGCUGUGAAAUCGUGUCUCCCUACAGCAGUUGAUGAUAGUAAUAAUGAUGAUGGAAAUAAUGGUGAUUGUUUUGUAGAGAACAUAAAUGUAGAACAUAGUUCUCUCCCAUUGGAAGAUGCUGUAAAAACUUUUGGUACAACGGUAGACGUUGAUGAAAUUGUUAAGGAAGUUCAAAACGAAUGGGUCGAGCGUACUUUGGGGCUUGCAAAGACAUCUUCUUACCACUUAUUAAGAAACCAACAGGAUACAUCAAAUAAUACAAAUCAACCAACGGGAGAAGUUAUGGUUCCUACACCUGUAUAUGAACCCUUGGACGAAGAAGAUAUGACCGUAUUAAGAAGUUUGCUUAAUUUGCAUACAAAUUCUGGCCAAAAGAAAAAGGCACAUACUCGUCCGCGGAAGAGCUGUCCUACCGUACCCAAAUCACCGAUUCUGCACACGGCGGAGUUGGCUUCUCGACGGGAAAAGCAACAGAAUUUCAGCAAUGGGAAUGAUACUGAGAACAGCAUAGUAACAGCAGAGUCAGAGCAAGACAUUUCAAACAAAACGCAUAUACCAAAGGGUGACGGCUCUUCAAAAAACGAUGGCACCAGUAAAUAUACAGAAAGUAAGACAAGAACUGUUCCCAAACCAAUAAUAUCAUGUACUUUUGUAGACCGUAUGGAGGAACGAGCAAAACAGCGCCGAGAAGCCCGGGCGGCGUUAGAGACGGCUCGGAGGCGUGAAGGUACAACUGAUCUCUUACCCAUCACUCAUUGUGUUGUGAGAAUGAGAGGUAAUGAGGGAGAAAAAAUGACCUCAUCGUUUAAAGAUUUACAACAACCAGAAACUUCUUUUCAUCACGUCUUUCCUGGGGCUUUAGUGUCCACUGAAAAGCCUCUGGAUUCCCAUAAUGAGAAGGAAGCUAUGUCACGUCAGUGGAAUAGCAUGCAACGAAAGAAAUUAGUUUGGAGACGUUGGUCUCAUGUUUAUGGGAAUCGAUCAGGGAUACGAAAAUCCGAGAAAAUACUCAUUCAAACGAAUAUCUCUGGUAGUUGUUCUUCCAUAUCAGAUACAGGGAAUUCUGUUUUUGGUUCUUUACAAUCUUUACCGUCAAGUUCUUUUAGUUUACAUGAGAUGCAACUACUUCGGUGGUACUUUGUGGUUUGGGCUUCAGUUUUGGAGAAUAUCUCAUCUUCAACCCGCACUUGUAACUGA